CCGCCUGCGCCGGGCUGGUCUUACCCCGGCUGUGGGGCUUUGAACAGGGACUUGGAAAGGCAGGGCACCUUUCUGAGGCCAGAGCGGAGACGGUGGUGUGGACCGUAGGUCCGUCCUCGUGUCUUUGUAUGAGCCUGACACCCGUCCCUCGUCCUCCAUAACGGGGUGUCACGUGAGCGCCUGCGGGGCGCGGGGCUCUCUCUCUGCAGCCCCGGCGCGACGCUGAGGGCCUGGGGCGCGUUUCUCACUGGGGAAACUGAGGCUCGGAGUGCGACAGUCAGUCGAGGUCACCCCGCACUGGGCAGCGAAAAGGUGGCAACCCCUCGGCCGCUGCCCCACGGGCCCUGCUCUGUGCACAGGGCCCCAUGAUGGCGGCUGCGUGGACGGACCCCAUGUGGAUGCCUGUGACCGUCGAUGAUGUGGCCGUGACUUUUACCCGGGAGGAGUGGGGGCAGCUGGACCCAGCCAAGAGGACCCUGUACCAGGAAGUGAUGCUGGAGACGUGUGGGCUCCUGCUCUCUCUGGGCUGUCCUUUGCCCAAACCAGAGCUGAUCUACACCUUGGAUGACAGCCCAGAGUUACGGACAUCGAAGAGAGGCCUCUCCCCUAACUCCUGCCCAGGUGACACCACAAAACCUGAGACCCCAGAGCUUUCCCUUUCUCACCUUGCCUUGUCUGAGGAAGUCUCGCCACAGGAACAAAAGGCUUAGCAGGCUCUGGGGGGCUCCCAGUUGGGGCAAGGCAAGAGUUAGGAUUGGCCAUCGGAAAUGCUGGAAGGCCAGUUGAAACCAGGGAUAGACCCCCAAACGGAGAAGCUCCCUGGGAACAUGGAGCCUAAACAUGAUGGUUUAGGGACAGAUGAUGGUCUACACUCAAGGACUGUAUAGCAGCUGAUCCCUGCAGGACAUAUUCUCCGCGGUUAUGACUCACAGGGACUACUGAAAGAUCCCUUGAUUCACGAAGAGAAAUGUCCCUAUCAGUGUGAGGAACGACGGAAAGUGUUUACCAAGAAUUGCUUUCUUGUGCGACAUGAGCAGAUUUCCACUGGAGCAAAGCCCUAUGAAUGCACCAAGUGUGGGAAAACUUUCAGCAAGAGCACACACCUCCUGCAGCACCGCAUGAUCCACACAGGGGAGCGGCCCUACGAGUGCGCAGAGUGCGGGAAGGCCUUCAACCGCAGGUCACACCCCACGAGGCACCAGCGGAUUCACACUGGAGAGAAGCCUUAUAAGUGCAGUGAAUGUGGGAAGGCCUUCACCCACCGCUCCAAUCUAGUCUUGCAUAACAGGAGCCACACUGGAGAAAAGCCCUUUGUGUGCAAAGAAUGUGGGAAAGCCUUCCGAGAUAAGACAGGUUUCCUCCGGCACCACAUCAUCCACACAGGAGAGAAGCCCUUUGAGUGCAUGGAGUGCGGGAGGGCCUUCAACCGCCUGUCUCACCUCACGUGGCACCAGCAGAUUCACACCGGAGUGAGACCCUUUGAAUGCAAUGACUGCGGGAAAGCCUUUUGUGACAGCACGGACCUCAUUCAGCACUAUGUCAUCCACACAGAAGAGAAGCCAUACAAGUGCCUCGAGUGUGAGAAGGCCUUCUGCCACCGGUCACACCUCAAGCAGCACCAGCGGAGUCACACUGGGGAGAAGCCCUAUGUGUGCGGUGAGUGUGGAAAGGCCUUCACCCACUGCUCUACUUUCAUCUUGCACAAAAGGGCCCACACUGGAGAAAAACCCUACGAGUGCAAGGAAUGUGGGAAAGCCUUUAGCAAUCGAUCAGACCUCAUCCGACACUUCAGCAUCCACACGGAGGAGAAACACUACGACAUCCACGCUGGAGAGAAGCCCUAUGAGUGCAUGGAGUGCGGGAAGGCCUUCAACCGCCGAUCAGGGCUCAUGAGGCACCAGCGGAUUCACAGUGGAGAGAAGCCCUACGGAUGCCUGGAGUGUGGGAAAUCCUUCUGCUGGAGCACCAGUCUCAUCCGACACUCCGUUAUCCACACCGGAGAGAAGCCCUAUGAGUGCAGUGAGUGUGGAAAAGCCUUCAGUUGCAGCUCCUCCCUCACUCAGCAUCAGAGGAUUCAUACUGGGAGAAACCCUGUCCGUGUAACCGAAGUGGGAAGACCCUUCACAAGCGGGAAGUCCUCAGUCAACCUCCAAGAGUUCCUGUUGGGGAAAGACUUCUUGAAUCUAACCACUGAGGAAGCUUCUUACUCAGAAUCUGAUCGUUCAUACCAAAGAGAAUCCCCUCAGUUUCCUUCCCGAUGAGAAACAGACAUCAUUUGUCAUCUGAGGAGUCAGACAGGAAACUUACCCUAUCUGGAGCCUUAUCCUGCAUCUGAGAAUUCAUCCAGGAGUGUGGUCAGUCAUUCUCAUGCACUUAGCAUAACCAUCAGCCACAUCUUUCUCCUCAGUUUACACUGAAAAAUUAUCUCAGGGAUAUUUAAACAAAGGAGGAAAAGACAUAAAAGAGAAAGAAAUGUAAGUCUGGCUUCUUUCAGACUUCUGUUAUAAGCCUGUGGCAGUGUUUUUCCUUAUCUCAUUUGGGAAAGGGGAGGAUGUUGUUUCAGAGUUCACAGAGCCUUGUCCCCUCUUUUUUAUGUAUGUUUCCACUGCUGUCCAUUGUCAGGACAGUUGGACAUUUAACAUGUGCUAAAAACAUUUAUUGAAAUCCUUUGUUCUGCAACUUUGUCUCUACCCUUGAGUAGCAUAAGUCUUAAUGAGAAAUAUAAAGGCUUGAGUUAUGAAAUGUUAUAUUGUAGGAGAUAAAAAUGUACAUAUGAAUGGGCCCACUGUACAACACUCUUAAGACUUUGAUUUAAGGGGCGCCUUGGUGGUUCAGUGGGUUAAAGCCUUUGCCUUUGGCUCAGGUCAUGAUCCCAGGGUCCUGGGAUCGAGGCCGACAUCAGGCUCUCUCCUCCAUGGGGGGCCUGCUUCCUCCUCUCUCUAUAUCUGCCUCUCUGCCUACUUGUGAUCUCUGUCUGUCAAAUAAAUAAAUAAAAUCUUAAAAAAAAAAAAAAGACUUUGAUUUAAGAAAAAACACAAAAAUUUUUUCAUGUGUAUUUAACAACCCACUACUUGUACUUGCUCUUGAUCUACUUGUUUAUUGUUUUUUGUUUGGGUGAUGAAGACGGCAGUGUAGCUAUGUGACCUUCCCUGGUGAACCUGAAUUCUUCCCUCUGCAGUUCCUAAGCUUCUCCAAUCCUCCUCAGAGAGAUUCUUCCCAAGUCCACAUCAGUUGUUUUCUAGGGAUUGGAUUAGAGCCAAAACAAAAUAAAACUUGUAGCUAAAUUAGCUUAAAAAAAACCAAACAUACAAACAAACAAACUCAGAAAAGCACAGGGAAGGAAUCUCAUUUUUACUCUUAAAAAAGAUUGUGUGAAGAUUUGCUAUUGAGGAAAUUGACUAGAAUUUUAACUGAUAAAACUAGUAUGUGCACAUGCAGUUAUCUGUAGAGUUUCACUGUUGUUACUAUGGCCUUCAUCCUGGUAUACUAAGUCAGGGUCUUUUGGAAUUCCUUUGGUAUUUUUUGUUGUUUUUUUGUUGUUUAUUUAUUUAUUUUUUGAGCUACAUAUGAUACUAUUAUCUCUCAUUAAGAAAUAUGCUGUGGGGCACCUGGGUGGCUCAGUGGGUUAAGCCGCUGCCUUCAGCUCAGGUCAUGAUCUCAGGGUCCUGGGAUCGAGUCCCGCAUCGGGCUCUCUGCUCAGCAGGGAGUCUGCUUCCUCCUCUCUCUCUGCCUGCCUCUCUGCCUACUUGUGAUCUCUCUGUCAAAUAAAUAAAUAAAAUCUUUAAAAAAUUUAAAAAAAAAGAAAUAUGCUGUGGAUGGGGCGCCUGAGUGGCUCAGUUGGUUAUAUGGCUGCCUUCAGCUCAGGUCAUGACCUCAGCGUCGUGGGAUUGAGCCUGGCAUCAGGCUCCUUGCUCAGCAGGGAGCCUGCUUCUCCUCUCCCUCUGCCUGCUGCUCUGCCUACUUGUGUUCUCUCUCCCUCUUUCUAACAAAUAAAUAAAAUCUUAAAAAAAAAAAAAAAGAAAUAUGCUGUGGAGAUAGAUGUAAAAAUAACCAUGCAUUCACACUGAACGCUCCUCAGGGCCUUUUCAGUCACCACGGGUGUACUUCUGUAUUGUCAUCAUAGGCCAAGCCAUUUUUGUUACAUUGAUUCAUGGCAUUAUUAUGAAGGAACCUCUUAAUCCUUUUUAUGUCAUGUGUAAGAAGUCUUAAGCAAGCUCUCUGUCCUGAAUUUUUCUCUCAGAAGUUUUAUAGUUUUACCUUUUACAUUUAAAUCUCUGAUGCAUGUUGAGUUCAUGUUUGUAUUACCAUGUGAGGUUUAGGUUGAGUUUCUUUCUUGUAUUUGUGCCUAAGGAUGUUCAGUUGGCCAGCACCAUUAGUUGAAAAGUAGAUUACCAUAUUAUGUCUCCAUUGAACAUUUACUUCUUAGUCAGAAGUCAGUUGGGCAUGUCUAUGUUGAUCUGUUUCUGAGUUCUCUACAUUAUCUCAUUGAUGUGCAUGUCUAAACCUCUGCCAGCACUGUAAUAUCUUACUGUAGCUUUCAGUAAAUCUUAAAAUCGUAAAGUGAUGACUUCCCUAUAUUUUAAAAAUUGAUUUAGCUUUCCAUAUUAAUUUUUCCUUUGGCUUUCUAUAUACACUUUAUCAUGAUUUUCUUUAUUUAUAAAACAUCUUGAUGGAAUUUUGAUAGACAUCACAUUAGUCUAUGGAUCAUUUUGGUGAGAUUUGGCAUCUUUAUUAUGUUGACUCUUUCAGUCCAUUAACAUCAUAAGUCUCUUCAUUUAUUUAGCUCUUUUUGUAUUUCGUUAGUGUUUUAUAAUUUUCCACUGAUCAUUUUUUGUUAGAUUUUUAUCUAAGUACUUUUUGGGGGCAUCUUUAUGUAUCAUACUGAGUUUUAAUGUCAGUUUGCACAUUAACGUUAUUGUUAUAGAGAAAUAAUGGUU